UGCACUCGAGUGCAUGAACAGGGAGUACUGUGGUCACGUUAACAAAUCGGAGCAGCUUUCUCUCAUGGCCACAAUAAGGAGAAAGUUGGUGGUGGUCGGCGAUGGUGGCUGUGGAAAAACAAGCCUGUUGUUUGUGUUAAGCAAGGAUGAGUUCCCGGAAGAUUAUGUCCCCACCGUCUUUGAGACUUACGUGGCCGAUAUAGAAGUGAACCAGAAGCAAGUGGAACUGGCGCUCUGGGACACGGCCGGUCAAGAGGAUUACGACCGCCUACGGCCCCUGUCCUACCCGGACACCGACGUCAUCCUGAUCUGCUUCUCGGUGGACACCCCCGACUCGCUGAGCAACAUCCCGGACAAGUGGAUGCCCGAGGUCAGGCACUUUUGCCCCGGCGUGCCCAUGGUGCUGGUGGGCAACAAGAGAGACCUGCGGACCGACCAGCGGGUCCGCAAGGAGCUGGCCAGGACCAAGAAGGAGCCGGUGAGGUGGGAAGAGGGCCAGGCCAUGGCGGAGAGGAUCGGGGCCUACGCUUACCUGGAAUGCUCGGCCAAGCACAAAGAAGGCGUCUGGGAGGUUUUCGAAACAGCCACCAGGGCCACCUUGAAAGUUUCUAAAACAGGAUGCUUCGGGUGCCGGUGUACUUUGCUGUAAAGGCGUGUGGAAGCAAGCGGAGCAAGGAAACAGAGCUCCUAUUUACUGAAGACAAUUUACCUCACUAAACCAAAAUAUCUGGGAGAUAGAAACUUGUGAUAGAAACCUGGGGGAGUUGCUUUUGGAACCUGAUCUUGAGAAACAAUGGGGUCUGCAAGAAACUGCCUGGUUCUGCUAAGAAAAGAAAGAUUUAGCUUUAAGUGCUCUUCAAACUGCGUGUGUCAAUCCAACUGAUGAGUUUAAAAGGUCCUUUUUUUAAAGGAAGGUAGAAUUGGAAACUGCUGUACUGUGUAUGAAUUAACUGUUAAUGUUUCUGAGUUUUGCCACAGAAUCGUGUUACAGGACUAGAUCAAAUCAGUGAUUAUCUGUAUCUCCCCAGACUGGAUGUCAUUACGAAUGGAUGUGGGUGGGCAAGGGCGAGGAGGUUCUUAAAGCAGGCCCCACUGUACAGCCUCUACGGCCCUCUGAAAAGCCUCUUGGCUUUUGGUGUUCGGUCUGUUCUAUCAAGUGUGCAGUUUCUUGUCAGCCAAACUCUUAAGAUGUGAUUUCAUUGCAUGCAGAGUGCUCGGAAUUGUGCAGAAUUCUCUAUGUUCAAUUUUCAGCCUUUUACAGCAUGUGUUUUUUAUGAGAGAGAGAAGGAAAAAUUACUGUGUGUGUGUGUGUGUGAGAGAGAGAGUGUGUGUAUGUGUGUGUGAGAGGGAGUGUGUGUGAGUAUGAGAGAGAGUGUGUGAGAGAGAGA